UCAGCCGACCAGAGCAGACGGUUGAUGUGUGACGUGGGGAAAUUUAAGCAAAAUCUUGGAUUUACUGAGUCAAACGUGUUACAGUAAUCAUUUUAAGUGCCUCAAGACUUGCAGAUAUAAGAACUGGAAAAGAAUACGAUAAAUAACACAUAUUACUGUACGAUAUUUGGAGUUUCAUGCGCAUUUGGAAAGCUACUUUUAUCAACCUCUGCCACAUAGAAAGGACAUGAGACGCUGAGACAGCAUGGCGUUGGUUGUCCCUGUGUGAGCAGCCGUUACCAUGGGCCUCCCAUGAAUGAGUCAGCGACAUGCAUGAACACAAACUCUCGGACUUCAAUCCUCUAGAUCUUCUGGCCACAGCUGCCAGCCUCCAGCGACCAGGAAGGGAGACAACUACUGAUAAACCAUCCCCAACACCAGAUAACUCCAACAGUAUCCAGCCAUGAGACUAGACAGCAGCACUCGAAGAACAAGAUCAGCUGGUAACAACCUCUCAGUGGACAACGGAAAACAGAAGUCAAAGAAACUAGAAAGUGACUUGAAAAUAUAUAAAGUUGUGGUGAAAAACGAACUUAGUAAAAUGCUGGAGGAGCACAAUUACGGACAUACAAAGAGAAACUUUCGAUAUAUCCUUAACGAUGAGCCCUUCAGCUCGGUGGAAAAGGAAACUGACCUAAAGCUGAUGGACUCUAACUGUAACGAGUACAGGGACUGUUUGGAGAGGUCUCCCCAAGGUGAGGCCACCACUGGCUCUGAUGCCAGCGAAAGCUUAUGUGAUAAUGACUGUAGUAGUGGUUUAGUAACUAAUAAUUCAGAUUCUCAGGAUAAUGGUAACGGGGAAUCACUGGAGCGAAUGGACUCUAGUGAGUGUGUGGAAAACACCAGAAACACCGACACUUGUCCGUCAGAUGUAAAUGUUGAUUCGCCCUCUGGGGAUGAGGAUGGUGACGGACAGGUGCCUGGUUCAGUGCAGUUAGGACUGUUAGAGACCUCCUCCACGUGCUCAGAUUCGCUGAAGGCUGGCAUUGCGCAGACGGUGGAUGGCCUAUCUGAAGUGAGGGCCGUGGACAGGCUGGAGAGCUGUGAGGAGGAACAGGGGGUUGUGGAUGUGGAGACGGUGUCUGCUGAGGAGCAGCAGGACACCAGUAACACGCUGGAUGGCUUCAUAGUGUCAGAUCUGUGUCAUGGCUGUGAGGAUCUGGCAGACACCAAAUCCAGUGGUGAGACACCUAUGGACAUCAGCCUUACAAACGACCAGUCCUCAGCCCCAGCCCUAGUACUACCCACACAUGUUCAGCAGAAUCCUUCUGACAGUACUGCUGUGUGUGGGAAUGUGAAAAAACAAACAAUUAUUAGGUCAUUGUUGACUGGAGAGACAAUAGUUGUCGUACAAAAGUCCCAAAAUGGUUCCAAAGAGGUGGGGAAAAUCCCCUUGAUGGUUGACUCCACCCAAGUUGGUGCUGGGAAAUUUGUGACUGGCAGUUGUGUGGUUUCAAAAGACUGCCCGGAUACCUCCAGCCUGCAGCAAACUUUGCUAAGUAGAGACAUUCGUAAUGUGAGUGUUACUGAAUCUGAUACAGCCAAAGUUGAGCCGGUGUUGGGCGGCAAGUUGACUGAACCAUCUGACAUUGAAAUUGCUAGGCAGCAAAACAAAAUAAACAGUGAAAAACUGAAACUGUCGGGGAAGAGGGCUCUGACAAAGAAAAAGUUACCUGUACGUCACCUGAUAAACAAUCGCAAAAUUCACUACGACUGCCUGUGA